UGAUUCAGUUUUGUAAUGCCGGUCGACCGGCCAAGGUGGUGAAGCUGCUGUUGUUGAACUUUCGGUGGAGUAUAUCCACUGCAUGGAGUGUCGUCGACGAGAGCCCAGUUUCGGAACAGAGGACGUGCGCGUUUUGGGCGGUUGAGUGUGAAUUUUGAGCUCUGAAUUACGGAUUUUGGUACAGGAUAAAGUUUGCAGUGUACUCCCAGACAUUGUAGUGCUCGGUAGCUUUAGCUUGCCUUCCCAGUUCGCAACUCCAGAAUGGCCACCUCAAACCCUGCUUUCGUCCCGGAUGGUACUCCGGCCGACUACGAUCCGAAAACCCGCCCCAAGAAGCUCCCACUAACCGGCGCGGGUUUCCCGCCAAAGCCACCCGAUUACAGCCCGGCUGCAACGAUGACCACGGAGAAGAAGCAACCACCGCGGGACAAGUGGGGCAAGGAUAUUGAGUUUCUGCUGUCGUGUAUCGCCCUGUCGGUGGGGCUGGGGAACGUGUGGAGGUUCCCGUUUACGGCGCUGGAGAACGGGGGUGGAGCGUUCGUGAUUCCGUACCUGAUCGUGUUGCUGCUGGUUGGAAGGCCGAUUUACUACCUGGAGAUGUUGAUUGGGCAGUUCUCGAGCCGGGGUUGUAUAGAUGUGUACGAUGCUUCGCCGGCGAUGCGCGGGAUCGGGUAUGGGCAGACGUACUCGACGUUCAUCGUGAUGACGUAUUACGCGUCGUUGAUGGGAGUUACGAUGCGGUACCUGGUGGCGUCGUUCGGGGAUCCGCUGCCGUGGAGCGAGUGCAAGGAUAGCUGGAAUGCCACGUGUAUCGAUUCGAGGCUGGCGGUGAACAUGGUUGAAGGGGAUAACGCUACGAAGGUGUCCUCAGCGGAGCUGUACUUUGUUAAUGACGUCCUCAAAGAAGCUGAUUCCAUCGAUGACGGUAUCGGCAGCCCGGAUUGGCGCUUAGUGUUGUGCCUUCUGAUCCCCUGGACGUGCAUCUGCCUGACGCUGGUCAAAGGGAUCAAGAGCUCGGGGAAGGUUGCUUACUUCCUGGCGAUCUUUCCGUACGUGGUGAUGCUGGUGCUGCUGAUUCGAGCGUGUACGCUCGAAGGAGCCGGCGCUGGUAUGCUGUACUUCAUCAAGCCCCAGUGGGAUCGGAUCUUCGAGGCCAAGGUGUGGUACGCUGCCGUAACGCAGGUGUUCUUCUCGUUGACUGUUUGCUUCGGCAACGUGAUCAUGUACUCGUCGUACAACCGGUUUUCGAACAAUGUGUACAGGGACGUCACCAUCGUAUCGAUCAUGGAUACCUGCACCUCAAUGCUAGCCGGGCUGAUCGUGUUCGGCGUCAUUGGUCACCUAGCGCACGUAACGGAUGCUCCGGACCUAAGCAAGGUUGUCCGUGGAGGUGCCGGACUCGCGUUCAUCACCUAUCCGGACGCGAUCGCCAAGUUUCAGUUCUGGCCGCAGUUCUUCGCGGUAGCAUUCUUCUUGAUGCUGUUCGUGCUUGGGAUUGGAAGUAACGUUGGAAUGGCCACGACGAUCAUGACCGUUGUUCGGGAUCGAUUCCCGCAUUUGAAGCCAUCGUUGGUGGCGUUUGUGAUCGCGAUCAUCGGCUUCAGCAUCGGGAUCAUCUACACGACUCCUGGCGGUCAGUACCUGUUGGACUUUUUGGACUUUUACGGCGCAUCGUUUGUGGCGCUGGUGCUGGCUGUUUUCGAGAUGAUUACCUUCGCGUGGAUCUACGGGGUGGGAAGAAUCUGUCGGGAUAUCGAGUUCAUGCUGGGUAUUCAAACCGGCUUGUACUGGAGAGUCUGCUGGGGCUUCGUGACUCCAGUCAUGCUCGCAGCUAUCCUAAUAUACCACGUGGCAACGUACAAAGCUCUGACCUUCAACGGUUACGUCUACACGAACGGGAUGUACGCCUUCGGAUGGUGCGUGUUCGCCGCGGGAGUCCUGCAACUUCCGGCGUGGGCCCUCUACGCCGUGCUGAAGCGAAAGGAAGCCACCUGGCAGGAUCGGAUAGCGAGCUGCUUCAAGCCAACCCACGACUGGGGUCCCGAGGAUCCCGAGCUGAACGCCAAGUACCACGAGUCGGUGUACAAGUACGAGCAGACGCUGCCGGCGGGGCGGAGUUUGGGCCGGAAAAUGCUCGAUAAUGUGUUUCAUUAAGGGCGGGGUUCAUUGUGGGAGACUUGCCAGUGACUUUAAAACAAUUUCUGAUUAUGACUAGACAAGAAGAUGAAUCUUUGUGCCUUUUGGUUAGCUAAUUGACAGUAUUGAAAAGAUUUGCGUAAGAUAUAGUAAAUUUAAGAUGGUAAAAACUUGAAAUUAACUCUUACUGAAUUUUAACUUUAAAUAAACAUUCAAAAUCAAAAGUA